AUGCAUUGCGCUUUUUAAGAGAAAAAAACUUUAACCGACAUUUUUGCAUCAGUUAAAGAUGUUGAUGGAGAAAUCUUUGAUGUCAUAUUAGAAAUACUUCGAAAGGAAAAGGUCCAAGACUCCAUUGAAUAUCUUUAAAAAAAUGGAUAUCAAAGAAAUUAAAGUUAGUAAGUCUUAUUUAAAAAAGAGAAUUUAACAAAAGUUGAAAAGGAUUAGAAAUAGUAUGAUUGUAGAUAUAAUAUGGAAAAAAUAGCUGAUGUCUUAACAAAAAUAAAAAAUCAUGUAUUUAAUAAAAAAGACUUUUCCAGCGAAGAAAAUUAAGAAUCAAUACAAGAUCUGAUUAAAAGCAUUAUGAAUAAAAGAUAGAUUAGCGAAUUUUUGCAAUUUUUAGUUCAUCUCACAUCGAUAGAUAACACUUUAAUUUAAUGUGGGUCUAAUUCAUUACAUAUACUACUUUAGAUGAAGGUGGACCUUAGGAACAAAAACUUUUAAAAUAUUAAGAUCUAAAAUACUUCUCUGGUGGGAGCUAAUUUUUUUAGAUGCAAUUUAAGUGGAUCUGAAUUUAACAAUGUUAACAUAGAAGGGAUGAAUUUAAAUGGAGCAUUAUUAUUGAACUGUAAAUGGAAGAACUUGAAAAUUCAUGAAUUGAAUAAAAUGGUUGGUCACUAAAGUUAAGUCAACUAAGUCUGUUUUUCUCCUGAUGGCAAUAUAUUGGCAUCUGCUAGUAAUGAUAUGUCUAUCCGUUUAUGGAGUAUUAGAACAGGAUAAUAAAUAGUUAAAUUAGAUGGCCAUACUAAUACUGUUAGAUCAGUCUGUUUCUCUCUAGAUGGUAAUACAUUAGCAUCUUGUGGUGAUGAUAUUUCUAUUCGUUUAUGGGAUAUAAAAACUAGAAAAUAAAUAGCUAAAUGUGUUGGUCAUAAUCAAACUGUCUUAGCUGUCUGUUUCUCUCCUGAUGGAAAUACUUUAGCAUCUAGUGGUUGGGAUAAGUCUAUCCUACUAUGGAAUGUUAAAACAAUAUAAUUAAAAGCUAAAUUAGUUGGUCAUACUUAUGAUGUUUACUCUGUGUGUUUCUCUCCUGAUGGAAAUACAUUAGCUUCUAGUAGUAAUGAUAACUCUAUACGUCUAUGGGAUAUUAAAACAGGAUAAUAAAAAGCCAAAUUGGAUGGUCAUAUUAAUGGAAUCUUAUCAGUCUCUUUUUCACCUGAUGGUUCUACAUUAGCAUCUGGUAGUAGGGAUCAUUCCAUCUGUCUAUGGGAUGUAAACAAAGGAGAAAAAAAAGCCAAAUUGGAUGGUCAUACUAAUGGAAUCUUAUCUGUCUCUUUUUCACCUGAUGGUUCUACAUUAGCAUCUGGUAGUAGGGAUUCCUAAAUCUGUCUAUGGGAUGUAAAGACAGGAUAAUCAAAAGCUAAAUUAGAUAGUCAUUAACUUUGGGUAAUGUCAGUCUGUUUCUCUCCUGAUGGAGACAUGUUAGCUUCUUGUAGUGAUGAUAACUCUAUACGUCUAUGGGAUGUUAAAACAGGAUAAUAAAAUGUAAAAUUUGAUGGUCAUUAGCUUUGUAUAAUGUCAGUCUGUUUCUCUCCUGAUGGGGACACGUUAGCUUCUGGUAGUGAUGAUAAAUCUAUACGUCUAUGGGAUGUUAAAACAGGAUAAUAAAAAGCCAAAUUGGAUGGUCAUACUGAGGGAAUCUUAGCAGUCUGUUUCUCUCCUGAUGGUUCUACAUUAGCAUUUGGUAGUAGGGAUUACUUUAUAGGUCUAUGGGAUGUAAAAAAAGGAUAAAAACAAGCCGUAUUGCAUUUUCGUACUUAUGAAAUCUUAUCAUUAUGUUUUUCGCCUGAUGGUUCUACGUUAGCAUCUUGUGGUAAAAAUUGCUUUAUCUGUCUAUGGGAUUUAAAGACAGGAUAAUUAAAAGCUAAAUUAAAUAGUCAUUGGCUUUGGGUAAUUUCAGUCUGUUUCUCUCCUGAUGGAAAUACGUUAGCUUCUUGUAGUAAUGAUAACUCUAUACGUCUAUGGGAUGUAAAAAAGAGAAAAGAAAAUGCAAAAUUGGAUGGUCAUUAGUUUUGUAAAAUGCCAUUCUGUUUCUCUCCUGAUGGAAACACGUUAGCUUCUUGUAGUGAUGAUAACUCUAUCCUUCUAUGGGAUGUAAAAAAGAGAAAAGAAAAUGCAAAAUUGGAUGGUCAUACUAGUAAUGUUAAUUCAGUCUGUAUUUCUCCUGAUGGAAAUACAUUAGCUUCUGGUAGUGAUGAUAAGUCUAUCCGUUUAUGGGAUGUCAAAACAGGAUAAUAAAAAGCCAAAUUAGAUGGUCAUAGUGGUACUGUCCUAUCAGUCUGUUUCUCUCCUGAUGGUGUAACAUUAGCUUCUGGAAGUUAUGAUAAAUCUAUCCGUCUAUGGGAUAUAAAAACAGAAAAAGAAUAUAAGUCAUCAAUUUAAAAUUCUAAUCAUCUUUUAAUAUAGUUUAAGACCUUACUGUUUUAAAAUUAUCCUUUUUUAGAAAAUAGUAAUUAGAUAUUUAAUUUUUUAUACCCCAAUUAUAUUACAACACUCUUUAUAUCUUAGUCUGCAAUAUUUUAAGCAAAAGGAGCUAUAGUUUUACAAGGAGAAUUUGAAAAUUAUUUAGGAGUAGAAUUAAGAUCAUUAUUAAAAUCUAAAGGAAGUUAUAUUUUAGAUUGCUUAAAAUAAAAAUUAGAAUGA